AGCUGUUUGGUGGGGACACAAGGCCGCUCGGAGCCGCCGGGAUGCUCCCCUCCUUUCAAGAAUCGCUGGAUGGGGAUGAAAAGGAACUAGAGAGCAGCGAGGAAGGUGGAUCCACCGAGGAGCGGAGACUAGAGCCGCCGCCCAGCAGCCACUACUGUCUCUACAGCUACCGCGGAAGCAGAUUGGCACAGCAGCGAGACGCCAGUGAGGACGGAAGUCCAAGUGGGACAAAUGCAGAAACGAUUUCACACAAAUGCUGUGACGAUUUCAGCCUCUCCUUGGUGGAUACUAAUCUGCCAUCUGAAGUGGAGCCAGAGCUGCGCGGUUUCAUUGCUAAGCGUCUUUCUAAGGGAGCAGUCUUUGAAGGGCUGGGUAAUGUUGCAUCUUUGGAGCUGAGUCUUCCAGGUUACCGAGUCGGUUGUUAUUACUGCCUUUUCCAACAAGAAAAACCACUUCCUCAAAUGGCAACAAUGGAUUCUGAACAUAACCCUUCAGAGUAUGUGGUCUGUUUUUUAGGAGGGUCUGAAAAAGGACUUGAGCUUUUCAGGCUUGAAUUGGACAAAUACAUUCAAGGGCUGAAAAAUAGCAUGAACUGUGAGGAAAAAGGCCUGGAGAACCAAAUCAAAUCCUACCUGAGCAACUGGUUUGAGGAAGUUGUAUGCCCAAUUCAAAGGGUUGUUCUUCUCUUUCAGGAGAAGCUUAACUUUCUGCUGCAUGCUGCUCUGAGUUAUACUCCUGUUGAGGUUAAAGACUCAGAUGAAAAAACAAAGAGAGACAUUAACAGGUUUCUGAGUGUGGCUAGCCUUCAAGGACUUAUUCACGAAGGCACCAUGACAUCUUUGUGCAUGGCCAUGACAGAGGAGCAGCAUAAGUCUGUGGUCAUCGAUUGCAGUAGCUCCCAGCCUCAGUUCUACAAUGCAGGAAGCAACCGGUUUUGUGAGGAUUGGAUGCAGGCAUUUUUAAAUGGUGCUGAAGGGGGCAACCCUUUUCUUUUUCGACAAGUACUAGAGAAUUUUAAAUUAAAGGCCAUACAGGACACAAAUAAUUUGAAGCGGUUUAUCCGACAUGCAGAAAUGAAUCAUUAUGCUUUGUUUAAAUGUUACAUGUUCCUAAAGAACUGUGGUAGCGGAGAUAUCCUUCUGAAAAUAGUUAAAGUGGAACACGAAGAAAUGCCUGAAGCCAAAAAUGUGGUAGCUGUCCUUGAAGAAUUCAUGAAAGAAACUCUUGCCUAAAGUUUUUGAUCAUGUGUUUUGAGAUAAUUGUAUCAUGAAGUUGUAUAUUCAAUCCUUGGUGUUUAAAAUUGCAGUUGUUAUAACAGUAAUUCAUAGGAUUGCUAUGUAAGAUUAUUUGAAACUCAUUCCAGAUUUUUUUUUUUUUUCACUUUUAAAAUUUAAUUAAACAUAGAAAUCUGAGGAAUGUCUUCACUGAGUCCUAGAUAGAUAUAAGUGUUAGAGUUGUAGAAUUUUAGUGUAUCUCUGGUCCCAUAAAUUGUAGACUUCAGAGGGUUGGUGCUUAAGAGGUGAUUUUGUGGCUUCUCUCAGGAGUUUGCUGCAGUAUUUAGCAACUUUGCCUUUCAGAAUAAUCAUAAUACUUUUUUCUCUAUGGAUUAUAGCACUUUAAGAUAUAUAAAAUCUUAGACUUAAGACAGAUCAGCACCACUGAACCAUUUUAAAGACAGAUACAUGCGCCCUGUGGGUGCUCAACACAUUUUUUGUCUUAUUGAUAAUGGCAGUGAUGAUGAAGCCAGCUUUUAAGUCAAUAUGCAAAUAAAUCAUGAGUGUGUAAGUAAUUAAAUGAGUUUUAAAAAUAGAGGCACUAGCUUCAAGAUAAAACAUUAUCUCUGAUGGAGAGCUACUGGAGAAGGGGCCCCCAUCACCACUUUUCUUCAUUCAUGUUGUUCACAGAUCUUUGCCAAGAGCCUGUAUUUUCUUUUUUCUUCCAGGUGAAAAUGCUAGAGUUAUAAACAGUGUUAAGAAAAGAAACAAAGUACAUAAAUUUUACAAGCAAACUGUACAGUAAGGAAUGCAAAUAGAGAUUCUUCCUAUCAGAGUUAUUCAUUGAUUUUAGUUUUUUGUACAUUUGUUACAAGCCUCACAUUGUUUUACUGUGAAUCAAUUGAAGUACCCUCAGCCAGCCAUUUAUAAUUCACAGGGAAGCCAACUGCAGCUACUUGCAUAUGACUGCAAUUUGUUCUGCAUAGCUCCUUAAUAAAUCCAUCUGAUAAUGAUUUUUGUUUAGAAGGUCAGAAGUCUUGUGUUCUCACUACCCUCAGGAUGCUCAGAGGGAACACAAGCCCCCAAAUCUGAGGAAUCUUCUCUUAAACGGAUCUAAAUUAACAUGCUGAGUUUUAACUAUGACCCACCCUUUCAAAAUGACUGACAAUGGCCUUUUGCUCUAGAGACAAGACUUACUGAACCAUUUCUAUUCUUUUAAUGGGAAAUACAAUUCAGGCUUUUCAUAAAAGCUUUUGUUUACUUUAAAUUUUAAUACCUUAGAUUGUAGGCAAUGUAGAAAAAAUCUAAGUAGCACUUUUUAAAAUAACAUUAAAUUCAGAAUGACUAUGGAAAAUCAGCAUUUUUAUACUCCCCUUGAAUCUUUCUUUUAUACUUGGUUGCCACUUGAAAAUUUUUUUAAUAAGCAGCAUUAGGACAUCAAAAUUUUGAAUCUGGAAAAUGUUAUUUUUCAUUUUCAAAUUAACAUGUCAUUCAAGAGUACAUGUUUUAAAUGGUAUUUAAAAGCAAAUGUAUUAUCUGCUUCAAAUCAUUUAAGGAUCUAGGCAAGGUAUAAUGAUAUAUUCUUUAUGAGUGUAUUUAUAUAUAUUUUAUAAUUUAGGCUUUCUAUAUGAUACAGUUGUACACAAUACAGUCUUUUUUUAAAAGUCUGUGACAAACUGAUUAUCACUACAGUUUAAAAAAAGGAUUUAUUCAGACCUGGGAUAAAUUUAUUUUUAUGUAUUAUUUAUGUGCUGUAGACACAGAGGAAAUGUCUGCUUGUUAUGUAUCAAAAAUAUAUCUCAGUUUAUCUGUAAUUAUACUUGUAAUAACAAUAAUAGUAAUAAUAAUAAUAAUAAUAAAUAACUUA